UUUACGUAUUCAGUUAUUUCACACAAUAUCCGUGACUCGGGACGGCGGCGAUGUCGUCGGCCGCCGCCUCCGCCGGCGGCGGCAGCGGUAGCGAAGUUAGUGGGGGCACGGAGGAGCGCGGGGAGAUCGCGUACGUGAGCUACGGAGGGGAGCAGCACCUGCCGCUGGUGAUGUCGUUGGUGGACGAGGAGCUCAGCGAGCCCUACUCCAUCUUCACCUACCGCUACUUCGUCUACCUCUGGCCGCAGCUCACCUUCCUGGCGUUCGAUGCAACGGAUGGCAAGUGCGUGGGGACGGUCGUGUGUAAGAUGGGGGAGCACAGGGGUGCGUUCAGGGGCUACAUCGCCAUGCUCGUCGUCCUCAAGCCCUACCGAGGGAGGGGAAUAGCAACUGAGCUAGUUACUAGAUCAAUUCGGGUAAUGAUGGACUCUGGCUGUGAGGAGGUGACACUUGAGGCAGAAGUUACUAAUAAGGGUGCCCUUGCUCUCUAUGGUCGCCUGGGGUUUAUCCGAGCAAAGAGACUGUACAGAUACUAUCUAAAUGGAGUAGACGCUUUUCGGCUGAAACUACUGUUUCCACGCCCUGAUCCUGGCCUGCCUCCAAUGAUGAUUGGCAAUGACACGGAUGACCAGAAGAUGGAUUCUCCCUAUUUGUGACAGCACCCUAGUCAGUAGGUAGAAUUGAGUUGGAGACCUGGAAUCCGAUCAUUUUAGCUCUAUUUCAUGCUUUCAUAGAUGACAUGUAACUGUAAUAUCUUUGUACUUACAUACCAAAUUUUUGAGUUGUUUUAUUUCCGUUUUUUUUUUUUUUGAUAAGGAUGUUGUAGAACCUUUUUUUUUUGUGCAAUCCACUUCACAUCAAGCGAUUAGACAGUGCAGUUCUUUUGCUCAACAAACAAAACGCAUGCCGCAGUUGCUGUAAGUUUAAUUGUGGAUAUUGAAAGUCUCUGUCAACAGUACUUUUGAUAAAAUUCCAAAGAUUUUGUG